AUCUCAUCCUCGCGUCUGGAGGUGCUCGAGGAACGACUACGAGACGACGUAAUAUCUGAGCUGCAUGCCUUCGGAGGUCGACUGCUCCUGCACACCGAGACGCCCGACGGUUCCGUCAUCCCCGUAUGGGAAGGGGUAGAACUACAGAACGUGUCGGUGUUCAAGGACAUAAUGACUGCGCGGAGGUACAACGACGACAGCACGGACUCGGAGCUUGCCUACACACGUAUGCAAAUCACUGCUAAGCGGCCACCGGACUUCAGCGACCUCAGCGAAUUGAUCGACGUGACGGUGCGCAACAGCGUGUCGAGGGCGCCCAUUGUCAUCAACUGUCAGCUGGGACGCGGGCGGGGCACU